AUGAGCUUUGAGGCUCCAUCCACACUCCUGGGGCUGGCAGUGAAGGGCCUGCUGAGAAAUGAAGCCUUGGCCAUCUCAGCACUGCAGAAGCUGCCCAUGGAGCUCUUCCCAUCCCUGUUCAAGGAGGCCUUCAAGAGCAGACAUAUGAAGAUACUGACAGCGAUGGUGGCAGAAUGGCCCUUUGCUUGCUUGCCUGUGGGGGCACUGAUGCGGGACCCUGAUGUGAUGAUAUUGCAAGCAGUACUGGAUGGUGUAGACAUGCUGUUGAUGCAGAAAGUUGACCACAGAAGGUCAAAGCUUCAAGUGCUGGACCUGAGGAAUGUACACAAUGUCUUCUGGGAUGUAUGUCCUGGAAUAGAAGGUGUAGACUGCUCAAAAGGUACAUUGAGUAAAGAUCAAGCAGAGAAUGGCCUUCCUAGAUAUUACCUGAGACGGUUUUUGAAGCUGGUCACUGAUUUUGAACUAAGAGAUCACCUGGAUGAACAGCAAACAUUCUUGCUGCAGUGGGCCCAGCAGCGAAAAGGUUCAAUACAUCUGUGCUGCAUGAAGAUGUCAAUCUUUGCAACUUCUAUGAAUACUUUCAUGAUGGUUUUGGACACUUUCCAGCCAUACUACAUUGAGGAACUGGAACUAUCCACAGUCUGGACUCCAGUUGCACUGAGUCGUUUUGCACGUUGCUUUGGCCAGAUGAGAAAUUUGCACAAACUCCAUCUAUCAGGCGUUUACAUUGACACCAACAAGGAUGUAAAUACCCCAGAAGACAAAGAGAAGAAGUAUUCUGCUAGGUUCAUUUCUCAAAUUUCCAAACUGAACUAUCUCCAGCAUCUCUACAUCAAUGGUUUCUACUUUUCCAGUGAGCACAUGAAACAGUUGUUCAGAUGCCUGAGGAGCCACUUGCAGUCUCUGUCCAUCGAUCUCUGUGAGUUCUCCCAGUCAGACUUGCAACACCUGUCUCAAUGUAAGUGGCUUUUUCAGUUGAAGCACCUGAACUUCUGUGGUGUAAUAUUAUUGAACUUAUGUCCCACACCACUCCAAUUUCUUCUUGAGAAUGUAACAGACACUCUUCAUACUCUGGAGUUAGAGAAUUGCAGUAUCAGAGACUCUCAGCUCCGUGCCCUCCUCCCUGCUUUGAGCCAGUGCCUCCAUCUAACCAGGGUCAAUUUCACUGACAAUGACAUAUCCACAUCUGUCCUGAAGGAUCUUCUGCAAAGCUUGGGCAAUCUAAGCAAGUUAACUGAGGAGUUGUACCCUGCCCCACUAGAGUGUUAUAAUGACCAAG